AUGGGCUACAUUGACAAGGUACACAGCCCGACCUCUCCUGUCGCCAAGCUCUUCCAGUCGAUUGAGCCCCUGGCCUUUCUGAAGGAAAGGGUGGGGCGCAGUCCAUCCAGUGGCGGCUUGGAGGCUUCGCCGACACAGUCUGGGACCGAUGUAACGCCCAGCUCGGCGUGGUUCGAGGACUUCGCCGCCGACAGCUCCGUAGAUUUGGAGAAGGGCGGUGGCUCCGCGAUGUCGGAGGCAUUCAGGCAGAAACGGAGCGAGGGAAAGUUGCACAACAAGGUCGUUGCAUGGGAAGUUCUUGAGGUCAUCGACUUCUUCUAUUUUUGGACGAGUCGACGCUGUCCUUCGCGGCGCCCGAUUCGCAUCCACCUCACGUCGUUGGCGAAGAAGGCCAGCAGGGAGUCCCGUGACGGGAAAGUGUCGGCUGAGAUUCGGGCCUUUACCAACAUGCUCCAGGCGGUGUUCUGGUUGAUGGUUGUGACGAAGCCUGGAUCUUCGGCAGGACGUUUGUUGACGGCAGCGUCGACUCUGGUGGCCGACUACUUGUACACGGCUUCCAAGGAUAGCUACUACAUGCCGGGCAUCAGCUCGACGUGGGGGGAGGAUAUACGUGUACGUUUUGCUUCCGGUUCGUUCGUUCAACGACGCCACCUCUGGUCUUUUGGUGAAUUUCGCUUUCUCGAGGUUGACGAUGGUCAGCACUCUCUUUGGGCCUGUUUCGCGAAGCCUUCCGAGCUUCUUCUGAAAAGGCUUGUGUAA